GGGGCAGCAGAGGCUGGCUUUACAGUAUGGGGCAGAGGGAGGGGGAACCCCCUGGAAGAGCUUUCGCAGGGGUCGGGUCCUGCUGCCCCACGUACCGCCUGUUUGGCUCCCAGCAGUGUCCUGGGGGUGCAGGGUAACCCCCCCCACACUCUGUCCUGCCCCUCCCCCACUCAGUCCUGACCCUCUGUCCUGACCCUCCCCCACUAUGUCCUGCCCCCUCCAUUCUGUCCUGGCCCACCACUCUGUCCUGACCCCCCGUCCUGACCCCUCCAUUCUACCUGCCCCCCGGUCUGUCUGACCCCUCCACUUCGUCCUGACCCCUCUGUGCUGCCCCCCUCCCCGGCUUUGCACUAAUUCUCCCCCUGCCCGCAGCGCUGCAAGGACCGCCUGAACUCCCUGGCCAUCUCGGUGAUGAACCAGUGGCCGGGGGUGAAGCUGCGGGUGACGGAGGGCUGGGACGAGGACGGGCACCACUCGGAGGAGUCGCUGCACUACGAGGGCCGAGCCGUGGACAUCACCACCUCCGACCGGGACCGUAACAAGUACGGGCUGCUGGCGCGCCUGGCCGUGGAGGCCGGCUUCGACUGGGUCUACUAUGAGUCCAAGGCCCACAUCCACUGCUCCGUCAAGUCAGGUAGGGCCGGGGGCCGGGCCGGGCCUGCUCGCGGGCAUGUGGCCGUGGUACCCCAGAGCAGGGAGCCGGGGGCACCUGCUCAGCUGGCACCAGCCCUGGGGCUGGCACCACAGGCCCAACUCCCCUGAACCCUCUGGUCCCCUCC